AUGGCCUCCGAUUCUCGCCUGACAAGAUGGUACAUCGACAUGAGCCGCUGGACUCAGUCGACCACUUUGCUCCCCUUAAUCGACACUCUCCAGCCAGCAGAGCAGAAGAAGAUCAGAGCCUUCUACCAUGUAGUAGACCAGCAUAUGUCUCUGGCAUCCAGCCUGUUGAAAUAUCUGUACAUCCAUCGCACCGCCAGACUGCCCUGGAACCAAGUCAUCGUCAGCCGCACGCCCAAACCCCACUGCAGACCAUGCUAUACCAGCACCGGCGAGACAGAGACGCUUCGUCUGGAGUUCAACGUCAGUCACCAGGCCAGCAUGGUAGCGUUGGCGGGGUGCAUGUACCACGGUGAUGCAGAAGGGGACGAUACAAGAAGAUUAGAUCCGUCUUCGCGCGGUGAAAAGGGACCGCCUCAGGUUGGGGUUGAUAUCACUUGUACGGAUGAGAGGGAGAGACGGAACCCGUCGUUUGCACCUAACACGGAAAAGGACUUUCGUGAAUUUGUUGAUAUUUUUACGGAGGCAUUUUCGGCCAAAGAGCUGGAGAUUAUCAAGUCUGGAGGAGGUGGUGGGCAGGCCAGGUCUAUAAAGUACCGGACUCGGAUGUUCUAUACGUACUGGGCGCUCAAGGAGGCUUAUAUCAAGAUGAUCGGAGAAGGGCUGCUGGCGUCUUGGUUGCAGAAGCUGGAAUUUACCAAUGUUAUACCCCCUGAGGCUGAGGAAGUAGGUGUCUGGGGUAAGCCGUUGGCUGGCAUAGAGAUACGGCUGGAGGGAGAGCUGGUUGAUAACGUGCGGAUGGAGGUUGUUGCGUUUGGAGAGAGGUAUAUACUUGCCACUGCUACGAGAGGAGGAGGUUUCGACCAAGCUCAGGGGUCAAAUGCAUGGGAUGAAUUUACGGCUAUUGAUAUUGAGAAGGAUAUCGGACGUUGUGCUAGGGGAGAAUGUAGGUGUCUCGGCUGA